AUUAUUAUUAUUUUGCCCUUCAUCUUCUUCUUCUUUUAUGGAUCCUAAGACCUCAUCAGCAACAAAGCAGCCCCAAGAAGUGGUACCCAACUUUUUGAAGCUCCCACAAGAACAGCAACAAGAACAACGACAAGAACAAGAACAAGAACAACGACAAUCAAUCAUGGGUGAAAACAAACCAGCUGAAAUCAAGGAUUUCCAAAUAGCAGUGGCAGAGAAAGAAGAGGGCAAAAAACAGUUAGCACCGAAAAGAAGCUCCAACAAAGACCGUCAUACCAAAGUGGAAGGCAGAGGGCGAAGAAUCCGGAUGCCAGCUCUAUGUGCGGCCAGGAUUUUUCAAUUAACCAGAGAAUUGGGUCAUAAAUCUGACGGCGAGACCAUUCAGUGGCUGCUACAGCAGGCGGAGCCGUCGAUAAUCGCCGUUACUGGCACUGGAACAAUCCCAGCUUCCGCUCUUGCAGCGGCGGCGGGUUCCGUUUCGCAACAGGGGGCUUCUCUUUCGGCCGGAUUGCACCAAAAAUUGGAGGAAUUUGGUGGUGGGGGGUCCAGUAGGGCCAAUUGGGGCAAUUUGGGGCGACCCCAUUUGGCCGCCACAGCAACAACAGGGCUUUGGCCCUCAUCUGUCAGUGGCUUUGGGUAUCAGUCUUCAACAGCAGCAGCUGCUGCUGCUGCUGCUCAAUCAGCCACUAAUUUAGCUAAUGAAACUUCAAAUUACUUUCACAAACUUGGGUUCCCUCCCUUUGACUUAACCUCCACCAACAUGGGUCCUAUGAGUUUCACCUCCAUUUUAGGUGGAAACGCCCAACAAUUACCUGGUUUGGAGCUUGGAUUGUCUCAAGAUGGCCAUAUUGGGGUUAUAAAUCCUCAAACACUGAACCAGAUUUACCAACAGAUGGGUCAAGCUAGAGUUCAUCAGCACCAUCAUCAACACCAGCAGCAGCAACAACAACAACAACCUCCUGCCAAGGAUGAUUCUCAAGAUUCAGGCUAGAAAAAUGGAUGAACAAGCAUUUUCUUUUGAGAGAAAGGAUGACUAAUGGCUAUAAGGGGGUUUUUUUUCUUGUUACUUUUUGUUUUUCCUUUCUUUUCUAAAUGGGUCUUUGUAUUGUAUUGUAUAAUUUCAUAAAAAAAAAAAAAAAAAAAAAAAGAGAUACCUAGCUGAAGAGGAACUCUAUAGGGAUCUUUAUUUGGUUUGCACCCCCCUUGUGAAUUGCUAUCAUUCAAACGCUUCUUCACAUCCCAGGUGUGAGUGUAUACAACUGAAAGGAGCUUGGCUUGAGCUUAACUUCAUUUUUUCUGUUUGUUUCUCUAUUCAAAAGGUGUGUUGAUCAUAUUGUAAGGCAACUUUACUUGUUCAGUUCUUCUCUAGUUCUUGUUGGAAUGAUGAACAAUUGGCUUGUGAAAUUUGAGAUAGAAUUUUUUUCCAGUC